AGGAAAUAUUCACAACCUCAUACUGACCACUCAGCACAACGUGUAAGAGCACGUCUCUCCCCGCCUGCUGCAGCGGAGCUGGGGGGUUGUAUUCCUUCCGUAGGAGGCAGUCUCGUGCCGGCUGGAUCUGCCUGCCCUAUCGGAAGCAAGAAGUAUAUGUGGGUUGCCAAGAUUUUAGAACAUUGAAUCCUAUUUGUGUUAAUUAAAAACAUGGAAAGUCCAGCACAAGUUGCAAAAGGAAAAGGGGUACGGAAAGCAAGGCCUCCAUCUGUUAAGACUUCUUUCAACAAUCCUUACAGUAUAGGAUGGGUACCCUUGGAUGGGAAUAUCAUGACAUUCAUCCUGGAAAAGCUAACAAAAACAUUUCAAGAGACUGGCUUGUGCAAAGUUGAACCCAUUGUGAGACCCAGGAAACCAAAACCUUCCAAGGCAUCAAGAAGUCAAGAAAAGAGAAAUAUGGAAGAGAAUAUCGAAGAUCAGCAGAAGACUAAAGAGGUCAAAGAAUUGAAGGAAGAGCUUUCGGUGAUCAACAUUCAAGAAUCUAAACAAGGAUGGACUAAUGUGGGGUUUAGGAAACAAUUGGCAAUUGGAAUCAACGAGGUCACUCGGGCUUUGGAGAGAGAUACGUUGUGUUUGGUUCUGGUGUGUAAGUCAGUGAAACCCCCUUUGAUGGUUCAUCAUCUCAUCCAACUGAGCGUGAGCCGGGAGGUCCCUGCAUGUCUAGUUCCCCGUCUGAGUGAAACAGUGGCACCAGUGCUGGGUCUGAAAUCUACACUCGCACUGGGAUUUAAAAAGAAUUCAGAAGCUUUUAUUGAGACAGUUAAUGCCAUUACUCCACAAGUACCUCCCUUAAAUGUUUCGUGGAUACAGCAAAGUAAGGUAGUUGUAAAUGCUGAAGGACUGGACACAAAUGAGGCAGAUUGCGCUGGUGAAAUUCCAAAGCUUGAAUUAAUGGAUACCGCACUUCCGCAAAGUCAGAAGCGUAAAUUCAAUGAACUGUCAUCAAGUGAAUUAGAAUUAGACACUCCAACAAGCAAAGCAAUGGGCGUGACAUUGCUGCCUCUGAAAAUAAAGAAGAUAGUUCCAAAUCCAAAUAAAAUUCGAAAGCCAAAAAAGAACAGGAAAAAUAAAUAAACGUCAGAUUGCGGAAACUUAAAAUAAAUCUAAAAGUAUACAACUCCUUGGUUGGUUAGCAUCUAUUGACCGAAAAGACAAGUCAAAUGUGUUGAUUCUUCAUCAGAACUGCUGUAAACUUCAGAUUAAAAAGCCAUGGAAUGAAGGCAGACUUGUCGAUGUUCUUGAACAUUUAAUGUACUAGCUUAUUUUUUAAAACAUGUAAAUUUAAAAUUGUGUUACUCUUUUCUGUUAAGUCCUUCAUGGGAUCGAAGCUGACAAGGUUAACAUUUGCUGCCCAUUCCUAACUGUCCUUGGGAGAUGAUGUUAAGCUGUCUUCCUAAACUGCUGCAGUCUGUUGGGUACAGUUACAUCCACAGUGCAAUUAGGAAGGACGUUCACAGGUUUUGAACCAACAAUCUUCUCUGUAUGAUGGUUGGAUUUUACAAUCAUAUAGUUGCUUGGCUGUGCAGAACUUGAGUUUUGCUGAAAAAAAGAGAAACAUUGUCCAAGACCAUAUCCUGAUGGUCUUCAGGGGGGUAUUAUAAUAAUAAUAAAGACCAAAAUGAACAAGA